UCCCCCCUCAGUGUGUCGGAGUGGAACAGUCCGAGGCGCGCUCGGUGGUUUGGCGCUCCUGUCCCCGGCUGCUUCACUGUCAGCAGCUGCCCUAACACUCUGUUAGCUUUGUGAGCUUCUUCAGCAUCAAACCCAUGAGUGGAACGGGCAGCCAUGUCUGAAGAGGAGAGCAAGGUGUCCCAGGAACUAUUUAAAGAUGUCAAAUUCUACGUGGUGGGGGACAUCGACCAAAAGGUGGUGCAGCUGUUGAAAGCAGGUAAGGGGAAGGAGGUGUCCUAUAAUGCUCUGGCCACUCACAUCAUCGCAGAGGACGGGGACAACCCUGAGGUGGGCGAGUCCAGAGAGGUGUUUGACCUUCCUGUAGUCAAGCCGUCCUGGGUCAUCCUCUCUGUCAGGUGUGGAGACCUGCUACCAGUGACUGGAUUCUCUCCAGAAUCAGGACAGAUCUUCUUUGGUGUGACCGCAUGUCUUCCCAGGCUUCCAGAUGACCUGAACACGUUUUGGGCGUACGUGACCUUCUACGGAGGAGACUGUCAGCUGAACCUCAACAAGAAGGUCACACACUUAGUGGUGAAGGAGACAAAGGGGGCCAAGUUUGAGUGUGCCCUGAAACAUCCCAACAUUAAGAUCGUCACCCCAGACUGGAUCACAGACUCUGUUAAAGACAAAAGCAGGAAGGACGAGGCGCUCUAUCACCCCCGACUCACCUACGUGGAGGCUGACGAGGAGGAGGAGAGCGAGGCAGAGUCCUACGAACACUCGGAUGGAAGCUACAGCCCCCGGCGGUCCCGCAUGUCCAGUGGGGGCUCCUCUGGUGAGGAGUCCAGUCCCCGCAGGAGACCAGGACCCAAAAAACUGAACUCCGUCUCCCCAUCCUCCCCCCGUAAACCAGAGCGCCGCAGUGAGCGCAUGUUUGACGACUCUGACGAUGACUCCCCUACAGAGAAGGAGGGAACCAACCUUAACUGGACCCCUGCUGAAGUCACCACCCCCACCACAACAGUUCCUUCAGGUACAGCCAGACGGCGGGCUGGACCCCCUGGUACCAAGGACCCAGUCACAUCCUCAGGAAGCGGGCUGAUCAACCUGUGCGCCACUGUGCCUCCUGUACCAGGCAGCGGUGGAAACAUGGCUGCAGAAGCUCGAGCUGCUGCUGCUGUCAGUCACCCUACACCGCAAGGUGUUUCAGUUCCAGAGGGCCUCGCUGGAUGGAGUCCUGCUGCUAGAACGCUCCGAAACAUCACCAACAACUCGGACAUGCAGCCAACCAGCCGACCUGCUAACCCAGCACACAUCCUCCAGAAUCUCACAUCCAAUCAGACAAAGCCACUAGAGCAGCAGACUAAUCAGAGCCAUGCUCAGACUCCUAACAGUACCAACCCCCUCCUCUUCAGUCAGUCCAAACCAGGCGGCCAUCCCCUCACAGCUGAGCAGCAGCAACAGUUACUGCAACAGCAACAGCCCCACCAGGCUCCUCAGCAACAACACCAACAGCUACCACAGCAACAGCAGCAUCCUCUGAUGCACCUGCAGCAGCAGCAACAGAUGAUGCAGCUUCAUCAUCAACAACAGCAGCAGCAGCAACAUCAGCAGCAGCAGCAGCAGCAGCCGCCGCCACAGGUGGUGCAACAGCAAGGUUUCUCACAGUUGCCCCAACAACAGCAACAGUUUCUGCAGCAGCAGCAACAAAUGCACCAACAGCAGAUGUUCUCCCAGCAGCAACAGCAACAGCAACAGCAGCAGCAACAACAGCAACAGCAGCAACAGCAACAUGCGUUCUCCCAGCAGCAGCUGAGGCCCCAACAACUCCUGCGACCGGGUUUACAACAGCUGCAGCAACAGCAGGCGCUGCAGCAGCAGCUCCAGCAGUUUCAACAACAGCAGCGCAUGCAGAUGUUACAACAACAGCAACAGCAACAGCAACAACAACAACAACAACAACAACAACAACAACAGCAACAGAGUCAACAACAGUUACAUCAACAGCAUCUACAGCAGCAGCAGCAGCAACAACAACAACAACAACAACAACACUUUCUGCAGCAGCAACACAUGCAGCAGAUGCAGCAGCUGCAGAAUCAGCAGCAGCAGCAGGCUCUGCAGCAAAACCAGCAGACCCUGCAACAGCAGCAGACCACUAUGCAGCCUCAGAUCCAGCAGACCCCUCACAUCUCCCAGCUGUUUGGACACGAGCCCGGGCAAGACAUUCCUCAGGACGGCUUCCUGCUGGGCUGCGUGUUUGCGAUCGCUGAUUACCCGGAACAGAUGGCUGACAAACAGCUGCUGAACACCUGGAAGAGGGUGAUCCAGGCAUGUGGAGGAGCCGUGGACCCCACACUGACCAGUCGCUGCACACACCUGCUGUGUGAGAGCCAGGUCAGCGCCAUGUAUGUACAGGCUCUCAGAGAGGGGAAACGCUGUGUGACGGCUCACUGGUUGAACACGGUUCUGAAGAGGAAGAGGAUGGUCCCUCCUCACCGGACCUUACACGUGCCCUUUGCCUUCCCACCUGGAGCCAAACCCUGCUCGCAGCAUAUCAUCUCAGUGACCGGGUUUGUGGACGCUGACAGAGACGACCUGAAGCUGAUGGCUUACCUGGCCGGGGCACGAUACACGGGAUACCUGUGUCGCAGUAACACUGUGCUCAUCUGUAAAGAACCCAGCGGACUGAAGUAUGAGAAGGCGAAGGAGUGGAAGAUCCCGUGUGUGAACGCACAGUGGCUGUGUGACGUCCUGCUGGGAAACUUUGAGGCUCUCAGACAGAUCCAACACAGCCGAUACUCCAACUACACCCUGCCAGAACCUCUAGUACCAAACCCCCAGCUUGUCCAGAACCUGCUCGCUGCGUGGAGAGCUCCCAUCAAAGUGUCUCCUGAGUCUUUGGCGAGUCUGCAGCUCCUGCACAAACAGAGGAUCAGUGACUCCAACCAGCCUGCUAACAAGAAGGCCAGACUGGAGGAGGUCCAGUCUCCCAGUAAGAAGCUCCCUCCAGAGUCCACUCCUCGAGUCAUGUUCACUGGCUUUGAACCGGCACAGGUGCAGCAGUACACCAAGAGGUUGCACUCGCUGGGAGGGGAGGUGACAGACUGCAGUCAGAAGGUGACUCACCUGGUGGCGAGUAAGGUGACUCGCACCGUGAAGUUCCUGACGGCCAUGUCUGUGGUCAAACACAUCGUCAGCCCUGAGUGGCUGGAGGAGAGCUGGAGGGGCCACAAGUUCCUCGAUGAGCAGGGUUUCACUCUGAGGGAUGCAGAGGCUGAAACGUUGUUCAGUUUCAGUCUGGAGGAGUCUUUAAAGAGAGCUCACAGCACCCCACUGUUCAAGGGAAAGUUCUUCUACCUGACCCCCGGGGUGUGUCCCAGCCUGAGCACCAUGAAGUCCAUCCUGGAGAGUGCUGGAGGGAAGCUGCUGUCCAAACAGCCGUCGUACAGGAAGAUCAUGGAGCACAAGCAGAACAAGAACCUUCCAGAGAUCAUUCUCAUCUCCUGUGACAAUGACCUGCACCUGUGCAGAGAGUACUUCAUGAAGAACAUUGACGUCCACAACGCAGAGUUCAUCCUGACGGGAGUUCUCACCCAGAAGCUCAACUACGACUCGUACAGGUUCACCUGAAGAAGCACAGAGGUUGGGAUGAAGAGGAGGAAGAGGAGUGUACAGCUGUCUGACUUUUCUAUCUUCAGUGUUUUUGUAGCUUUUUGUAACCUGUUUGAAUAAAUAAAUAAUGGAUGAUGUUAUUUUUGUGAAAUGAAUGUUUAAAUUAUGGAGGAUUUUAACCUUUUCCUGUUGUUCACAUAGAAUGUGUCAGAGCUUCAGCUGCUUUUUGGAAUAAAAACUACAACUGUUUGUGACAACAGGCUGCUCUCA